AUGGCCUCCGGUCUAAUCCUAAACCCAUACCUCCUCCUCCAUACUCUACCCUUAGCAACCAGCACGGGUACCCUCGCACACGCCAUCCUAGAACUAACAACCAACACGGGCUUCCUCCAGCCCUCCCUCCAACCCACAUCCGACAAAGUCCUACCAAAAUGGUUCUCCCACGUCUUCAACCGCGCAGUAUGGACCGUCCUGGCCCUGAACCUCGGCACAAUAACCUCCGCGGCCGGCACGCUCUUCUUGAACCGCUACUACCCGCAAAAGCCGCUGCAGACGACGGCGUUCUACUGGGUGGGGCUAGCCGGCGCGGUCGGACAUUUGGUCUUCGUGCCGUUUGUCGCCGGGCCGGUGAAGAGGAUUGUGGAUAACGUUGCUGUUAGAGAGGAUUUGGGCGAGAGUGGGGUGGGCGCGUCGGCUGAUAUGCGACGAUGGGUGGGGAUUCACCGGAUUCGGAUGGUUGUUGCGGAUUUGCCUGCUUGGAUUGCUUUUUUGGGGGCUGUGUUGACAUUGUGA